AACGAGUUGAACGCGGAUUUACUCAACCUGAACGGGAACGCCGUCCAAGCGGAGGAGCAGGAGGGUGCGGUCCAAGACACCAGCUGGGAGAACAACAGCGUCAUGAAGGACAUAACCAUGGAUAGCGAGAUGAACAUGUUUGGCUUCGACAGCGGGUUUGGAAGCGGAUGCGAGUACAGGAGUGGGCACGGCAGCACGUGCAGCGCCUCCAAGGGACACAACUGGCCCGUCGCGCCGAGAGGUAAUCCGGAUCAGGAUGGACACUCAGAAGGAACCCAGUACGACCUAUUCGAAAAAGAUCUAACCAAUUUUAAUCAUGCCAGUUUUUUUAAAGACGCAACGAAUAAUGAACCCUUUAAAUACACAGCCAGUUUGGAAGAAAUAAAUUUCACAAGGAAUAGCGUGGACGUGACAAAUGACACGAUUUACAGCAUAAACAAUUACGACGAUUUAGAAAAUGUGGAAAAUUUUUUUCCUAUUUAUGAUGGAAUAAAUUUUGGAAAGGAAGUGGAGGUUUCUUUCAGCACGGGUGCAGACGUCUUUAGUGGGUCCCCAAAUGACCCAUCCGGCAAGUUCAUUGCGUCAGAUAAAAAUGACAAAUUUUCGGAGCUCCUGGAGGAGUUCCAGAAGUGUUCCAUUUGA